AAAAGCUUGUAAAGUGUGUCAGUUAAGAUACAGGGGAUAAACAUACUAGUCUAGCAGUACCAACUUAGUAAGACAUUCAGACCACCUGGUAGAAAGCUAAGUUGAAGAAUGAGAACUUUGCCCCUUUUCCAAAGGUCUGAUUUUGUGGUCUAAUUUUUCAGAAAAUGCAGCACAAACUGAAAGAAGAGCAAAGGAACGUCUGAUUCAAACUAAUACUUUUAAACAGCAUUCUGGAUCACUUGGAUAUAUACUGUACAAGCAAGGAGGGAUAUAAUGUAACUCUGCAGAAUACUCCUACUAUGAGACUAAUUUUAAUUUGAUAAAAUAAUUUCAUUUUGCUCAGGUCCUUUAUCCAUGCCUUUGAGGCUUCCUAAGCACAAAGCAGCUUCUAAAAGGAAAAAAGAGAAACUCCAUUGGCCAAAAGAAGAGCUCUCUAAAAAGACAGUCUUGAGUCCUGAAGAACACCAGUUCAUUCUUAAGAAUGAAAGCAGUCUCCAGCACCUCUCUAGGUCUGGAAUCCUUAAGGACACCUUCACCACAGGUACUAGCAGUUACAAUGUCCUCCUGCAGAGCAAAGAGGAAAAAAAGCACCUUUACCAGAAGCAUGCAUCAGCCCCCCACAAAAGACUUCGAAAGUCCACCAAACCUGCUCAUGUUUCACAAAGCAAUGAACACCAGAAGAUUAAGGGGUCAAGGUCUUUACUCAGAAAUGGGUGGUAUUGCCUCAACAGACAGUCCUCCCUCUUUGUCCCCAGCAGCGUCAAGUUAGCACGCAGCUUUUCUGUCGCAGGGAGUAGCAUUGGCUUGCCAGCUCAAGUAAAAACCAAGGUAAAAAGGCACUCCUUCACCAACCUAACCAAGCCAAAGCAGCUGCAGAUGUCCAAAAGCUGUAUAAAAGAGGGAGACACCAGUGGGAGAAAAUUCUGCAUCCUCACUGCCAUCAAGCCUUCCAAUGUGGAGAGAGAGAAGAUUAAGUUCUUCAAAUCAGAUUUUACCUACAAUCCUCAAUUUGAAUAUGCAAGUUCAGCUCUGUCCAGUGUGUUAGCAAAGCACAGCCAAGCAUCCAACAGAUUUCUCAAGCAGGCUAUCAAAAUUAUGGAACUGACUUUGCAAAAAUAUGGAAGCUAUGAAAAUUUUGAGCAGGCGACUGGAGGAAGCUUGCUGCCCAAAAGUCGCAUCUGGAAUCAUGUCAGGAAAUACAUGGCGAAAGAAGGCUGCCUAGGCGAGAUCGUGGUUCAUCUUUCAGAAGAUUUGCUUUCUCGGGCCUCAAUGACGGUGGUGAAUGGCCGACCAACUCUCACAAUUAAUAUUUCCACUGCCCGUGAACAUUGGCUGGAAGGCAUGUUGAGGCAUGAAAUAGGAACUCAUUAUCUUCGGGGCAUUAACAACAACAGCCAACUGUGGAGCAACUGGAAUGGGCGUCGAAAGCAUGGGUUAAAACCCAUUAACCCCACAGAGGAAGGCCUGGCAAGCAUUCACAGUGUUUUGUUUCGAAAAGAUCCCUUUUUGUGGAGAGCUGCCCUCCUCUACUACACUGUCUACCAAGCUAGCCAAAUGUCCUUCCAACAGCUCUUUCAGGACAUUGGGAGAUUUGUCAUGGAUCCCAAUACGAGGUGGGACUAUUGUGUUAGAGCCAAGAGGGGCUGGACCGAUACUUCUCAGCCAGGCUGCUUCAGUAAAGAUCAGGUCUACUUGGAUGGUAUCCUCCGGAUUCUGAGAUACCGGCAUUCUAUUGAUUUCUUCUUACUGACAGCUCUUGGAAAGGUAUCCUAUGAGGAUGUGGAUCGGCUCAAGGAUUUAGGGAUCAUUGAGAAUAUGAGGUUGCCUCACUUCUUGCAAGACUAUCGUCGCUACAUGGAACAUUUGGAAAAGAUCAUGGAAGUCAAUGAAUUAUCUGACACUGAACUCCAAACUCUUGUACCCUAGAUCAGCCACUGGGUUUUUUAAAUCUACCAUUCACAUCAUUUAUAUCAGGCUGGAGCACAUGGAGCCCGAAUUCAAAGAAGAUGAUUCACUAACAUUAUUUUUAUUGCCUGACAAAAUCUAUAUUCUUCAGAUCUGCUUUUUUUGUGUUGUUUCUUUUUUUAAGAAAGAUAAACCAUGGCUACAGAUCUAGAUGUUCGUAUUUAGAUUAAAAAUCUGUAUGCUCAUUUCCAUCUGAUUUUAUACCAUAUAAAAUAUUUUGUCAAUUCCUCAAAGUUUAAAUUAUAGAUGAAACACAGACUCAUUCUUUUAGAAAUACUUUAUGUAGAAAUGUCCUAAUUUCUACAUAUUUGACAGGUGUUUGCAUUAUUUCAUUUAGGGCAUACUUCUAUUUACAACAUAAUAGACCCAUUGGCUUGUCUGUGGGAUUUGGGUACUCAGUAACAUAUUUAAACCUUUUUCAAAGAGUUAAAGAACUUCUGUACAGUUUGCUAUGAUGAGUCAUUCUUUCAGCUCAUCACUGUGUGUCUUGCUUUAUUUAGCAGAACGAUAUAUUCACAGACAUGUAUUUAUUAGUCCUAGUAUAUAUAAAAAUAGUUUCCACUGCCAGGUUCUGAUCAUAUAUUAACAUGUUGACUAUGUUUCUUCAUAGUCAACAUGUUAACAUAUGGUAUGUAGCAGAGUGUGUUGUUUCUUUUUCACAAGAGAUCAGCAGUCUACGCUGUGUUCUUGCCCACUUUCUUUGCAGUUUAGCUGUGGGAACCACAGAGUCAUUGGUUACACAGUGUACAGUCAUGGCCAAACAAAAAACUAAUCUUCAGACUAUAAAAUAGUUUUACUGGAUUAUUUCAGAAUUAACUGGUAUGAAGAUUACAGCCUCCCAGGAUAUAUGAUGACAUUGUUCUAUUGAUAUCAGUGGGAUUAUUUGUUUCAUCUGUAUUUUAUGAAAGAUAAUGUCUCCCAAGUAUUCUUGAUAUUCCAUGAGACAAUUUUCUGUCUUGCAUACAUACUUCAGGGAAUUUAAUUCCAGAAAACUGCUUUUUUUGUUGUUCAUGUGUUAACAGUAUUGCAAGAGAAACAGCGGAUCAGUUGUGGAAACUCUUCAUUGAUUGAUAAUCCAUAUGGGAGAUGUGCACACAUGUAAGGUAUUUGCAGCUUUAGUCACUGUACAUCUUCAUCUCACUAUAGAUGUGUCUCUCUAUAGUAGUACAAACUUAGUUUUCCACCUAUAAGAGAAUAGACUGUUGUUUCCUUACUGAGGGAUGUUUGUUAUCCAACCAAGGAGCAGAAUCAAGCUUAAAAACUCUCUUCCUAUUCCACAUGCUGUUCCUUUUCCAUUACUCUCAGUUUUGAACUGGUUCCUUUUCCUUUAUUGCCUGUACACACCUGCAACACACACCCAUUGCAGGCCUGACAGGGGUGGGGAGAGAGACAGACAAGUUUUCCUAGAACUGCCACUCUGUUCCAGCACCAGAGAUCCACAGGUGUGAGCAACUUUCUGUCUAUGUUGCUGGUAUAAAUGCUUGUCCACUCUGCAUUGUGCUUCUCAUUAGAACCCUGUAGAACUAACUAGCUGGACAGGUCUUCUGAUACAAGUGGGAAAGUGUAUCUAUACACAUUGUUUUGGCUAGGUUGAGUCCUGUAACCACAGAACUCAAGCCCUAUCAAAAGAAUAUUUGCCUUUCCUUAGAACUUCAGGGGCUGAGCCUGCUUCUCUUGAAUAUAUUCAAGUCACUCAGGUAGCACAGUGUUAUGAAAUGAUUUUAAAGAAGUGUUUAAAUCUUACACACAACCACAUGGGAGUUCCAGGAUGGAAUAUCUUAAUUUCUAACCUGCUGAUGUAGCUCUAGAGAACUUUGCUUUCAUUGAUUUAAUAGCAUCACCACCACAGCAGAUUCAAGCACAAUGGAGAUCAUUCCAACUUUAAAAUUGUAUAUAUAUGGGUUUAUAAUGUUGAGAGUUGAUUACAAAGCUCUCAUUUAUUAAGAGAACUCGGCAAUAUUUAAUAAUCUAGCUAGAUGCCUGAAAAUAGCAUUCUGCAAUGAGUUAUUGUUCGAGUACAGUUUUUUUAAACAACUACAGUUUACAAAACAUGGACCAAGAACACACAUAUGAUAGCCUUAAGUUUCUAUUGUUGGUACAACUUAUAGCUUAAGUGCCCUCUUUACCUCACUGAAUUCAACAGGAUCAUGGGCUGAAUGCACAGUUUGAACAGAUAGUAUUUCUCACAAAUGUCAUAUAUGUUUAGAUCAAAUUCUGUUAAUUUAGAUGUAUGUGCCAUCAAUAUUCUGUUAAUGCAGGUAAACACACCAGCAACCUAAACAAUAAGUAACUCAAGAAAACAUACCCUACAGUAAUGUUACAUAAGCUCCUGCCUUAGUGUUCAAUUAUGUGUUGAGCAGAAUGGGCUAUAGAGCCCAAAUUGUUGUACCAUAGGUUACUACAGCACAGAGCUAUAGUAACAUGCUAUUAGGCAUGCUGUCUUCCCUAGUGCUAAUAUAUUAGGGAUCAAUGUAUUCUUGCCCUCUCCUUGGUUUCUUGCUCUCUAUCUCCAGCCAACUAUUAUAUAGGAAGAUUGAUAGGCUUCAUCCUUAGUGAAAAGUAAACUGUUGUAGCACACUGAUGUCCCAGCUUAGGGAGUGAGGAUGGUUUUUCAGUUUUUCUUUUGUGUGAACCUAGCUGGCAUUGGCCCUCUUUUGCUUCUUAUAAAUGAGAUUGAAAAAAAGAAUGAACCAUGGCCCUUUUGAGCAUUGUGACGUGUGAACAAUAUGUUUCACAUCUCUCAGGUUAAAUUGCAUCCAUCAUUAGGAUACAGCCAUUGGGAAAAAGGAUUUGCACCAAGAAAACACUAAGCCAAACUAUUUUUAAUCUAAAGUUCACAGUUCAGCUUUCUAAUUAAAAUAGUUGACUGCUAUUGUUAUUAAAUUCCUUAGACAAAUUUUCCCUUAAAAGGGGAGAGUCAAGUCAUGUUGUAACAAUGUUUCAUAUUAAUUUAUCUCAGUUGGAUUUUCAGCACUGUAAAUAGCAAUAUGAAGUAAUUAGGAGUCCUUUUGGUCGAUGGAAAUGGUUCCCCUAGAGCACUGGUUACCUCUUUAUAGCUUGGCUACAGGUAGCAGUCUUAUACAGUAUUUUAAAAUGUGUGGAUUUAUGCAUUAAUUUACUGCACCUCAACCACUGGCUGCUGUUCUGCAGUGUGUUAUUGGAAAUCUGCUCCUGUUCAUUGCACAUGUGACUGGUCAAUGAUGCAUCUUGUGGCAGAGCCUCCUCGCAGGCACACAGAAUAACUGGAAUAUUAGUUAUGCAUCCUUAGUUCCUGCGUUCUGUUGUUGUAAACACAGUAGUUGUCUUGUAUUCUGUUAACAAUGGACCUUAAAAAUAAAUGUGGUGCCAUUUAAACGCUUAUUAUUAACACCCUAUUUUUCUGGCUCAUUUGUAUAGUUCAGUGCAAGUCAUGACAUUUAUAGUCAGCAUAGUACAAGUCCCUCAACAAGAGUACCACGUCAUGCUAUUUUUCAGCACCAACUUGUUCUCUCCUCACCCACAUUUUAGAUUGU